AUGCUGAUCCCUGUGCUGUUCAAGUUGCUGUUCGAUGGAGCGUCCAGCCUACUUCCUUUUCUGGACGGUAUAUUGGCCAGAUUGAAGAAGUUCUUCAGGAGACCGCCGCCUGAGUAUUUCCAGCGGACGAUUGAGGUGCAGCAAAUGCGGCGAAGUGAUGGAUACUUGUACACCCCUGGGCCUGGGUAUGACAGAUCCACAGUCCUCCUGCGAGCCUUGACGCAAUACAUCGCUGACAAAGUUUCGUCUUACAAAGAGGCCAAAGUGUCGCUGGAGGAUCAUUACAUGGAAGUGGAAAUCGACAAUGACGACGGGGACGAAGAUGACCCUGAGAAAAACACGGAGAUUGGGUUUCUGAAGACAUACUACAAGAUCACGCAGAAGGUGCCCGAAGAGAAAUGGAUCGAGGUUGAACCCGGGCUGGAGAUAUUCUUGAAAAUCAUCGAAGCUGAUCGGCCUCCAGACAAAGAAAGCGCAAACAUCCCCAUCAAAGUCACCACGGAGAUGCAGAUCAAGUCAUUGAAAGAGCAGCAGGUUGUGGAUUUCAUCGAUAAAGCUUACAACUGGUAUUUGGAACUGCAAAGCAAGAUGCAGUCCAAGAACAAGUCGCGCUACAUGUAUGAAAUGAUCCCUUCGAAAGCAGAAGAUGCGGAGAAGAGAUCGUACCGAAGAUACAAGUUGUCAGGGGACAAGUCGUUUCAGAGCCUGUUCUUUCCAGAGAAGGAUGCAUUAGUGCAGAUCUUGGACCACUUCAACCACCGAACUGGCAAGUAUGGCAUCCCGGGCUACCCUCACAAGCUAGGGCUGCUGCUCUACGGACCUCCGGGCACAGGCAAAACCAGUUUGAUCAAAGUCCUUGCACAGCACACCGAGCGUUCCAUCGUCAAUGUGCCUCUGGCACGCAUCAAGACCAACACGGAGUUGAUGCAGCUGAUUUUUGAUCAGAAGUACACGGUGGAAGGAAUCGAAACUCCGGUGCGGCUACGAAUCAAAGAUGUCAUUUUCGUGAUGGAGGAUGUCGACGCCGCAUCCCACGUUGUACACCGCCGUGACCAGUCGAAGGAGGCACUCCGUGAGGAGAUCUUGAGCAUGCAGAACUUUGAUCGCAUCGAACGUUUGGAAAAGCUGGAGAGGCUAGCAGGCAAGCUCGAGGAUGCCGAGAAGGUGAAGCCGAAAGCGACCGAGGAGGCCAAGACGGAGCAGAAAGCCGUCGCCGAGACCGGGGAGCAGAAGGCACCGACAAGAGAGGUGGAUGGCAAACUCCUGCAGCAGAUGCUGGAUGUGAUCCAUGAUAAGAAAGGAGGUGAGACGCUCUACGGCGUUGCUGGGCCCUCCGGUGAAACAGUUGGUGGCGACCAGCUCAACCUGGCAGGGAUCCUCAACACCCUCGAUGGAGUUGUGGACACGCCUGGGCGGCUACUCGUCAUGACUUCGAACCACCCUGAGAAGCUGGAUCCUGCAUUGAUCCGGCCUGGCCGCAUCGACAAGACCUUCCACUUGACUUACAUGGUCGGCCAUCAGGCGUGCCGAAUGGUGGCCCAUUACUUCCAGCAGGAGGUCAGCAGCGAAAUCCAAGAGCGACUGAGCUUGCUCCUGGAUGGGGCGGCGGAUUCGAAGGCUUUGGAAAUCACCCCUGCGCGACUGGAGCAGCUUUGUGCGGAGCAUGAUACCGCGGAGGACCUCUGCGCAGCACUCCAGCAACUCAUGGAGCCAAAGGCAAAGCUCUUCCGGGCCGAGAGUGUCAAAGCUGAGACAGCCCUGGCAAGCAUCCAGCGCUCAACGACGGCGCCGCCCGACACGGGCGAGAAGCGGCUAGCAAAGUGUUGGUCCUUGUCUCUUUUACUGCGAUCUUCGACCCAUGGCAUGCGCAUUGCCCUUCACACCCUGGCUGUGAUCGCAAGUUCUGCUGUGGAUGAGCACUUCUGUAGUAGGAGCCUGGCACUUCCACAGGCACUGGACAACUGGGCGGCGGGGCAUCACAACCUGGACCUGGAUGGCUUGCUAGCAGACCUCCGCGUCCUUGACGACUAUCUCUACGGCAUGGCUCCAAGCAUAAGUGGUUUCGGCCUGCGCGUGGGAGCUGGUGCUGUUGGCUGGGCCCACCUCUUUGAGCCCUUCCAGGCCUGCCCGCUGCCCUUCAUCGCUGCCGAGCUGGUGCAUGGCUUGGCAAAGGGGGCCGCGGCGACUGCGCAAACCAGGUUGGCCUCCAGGGCCCGGAGGGCCCGGGCUUUGGAACUCGCCCGCGCCUGGCGAGCUUGGCGAGCUUGGCGAGCCUCGCAAGCCCGAGCCUGGCUUCCUGAAGAGCAGCUUGGAGUAGGCACACUGGGCAGUGUGUGCAGUCUGCUGCAAGCCUGGCCCCAUUUUGAUUCGCUGGCCGUUUUCGCCGCCAACAGCACGAGCCGCUGUCCUGAAAGAUUCUCAUCGAUGUUCGGCUGCAGAGCAUUGGACCCAAUGGAGCACUGCCCCACAAGUCUGCGACCUCGUCUUCGGCCCUUGGGAACUUUUGCUGAGUUCUGGACAAUGUUGGCAGUUGCCUCAGCGUGGCUGGAUAGCGCAGAUGCCUUGGAGUUGACACCGACCCUGCAAAUGCCCUGGGGCACUGGAGGGGCUCCCUAUGUGUUGGACGUGGCUCUCACACACAUGUCUGCGGGCAACCGUGGCCGUGGCCAGCCGAUGUACCUGGAGUUCGGGGUUUUCCAGGGCGACAGCAUCAACUUCCUGGCUCGCAGGCUGCAGAUCCUGGAUCCAGGCGCGCUGGUCUUCGGCUUUGAUUCUUUCAGGGGCCUGCCCGAGGCCUGGCCAGCCCUCCUUGCUGACUGGGCAGCCAUCGGGUGGCUUGAGUUUUGGGCAGAGCAGCUUUGCUUUGGAGAAGGCAUCGGCUGCGUCACACACGGCGUGGACUGGUUGGCGACUGCCUUUAAACAACGCAUGGAAGGAGCCGCAGGUGGCUGGUUCAAUGAGACGCUGCCCGCAUUCACUGCUGGCCUGGAAGCAGGGCACGGCAGCAGUUGGGUGCGGCUUCUUCAUGUGGACUGCGACUCUCGGCACGAAAGGGCUGUGCAUAUGCAGAGCGUCGCGGAUGGUACGGAGCUGCGCGGAUUCUACGACUUCUUGCAGAGCCACCCGUGGAACUUCCGGGUGAUUGCCGCGCCUUGGUUUUUCGUGAGGCCAGCGCUGCCCUAG